AAGGGGCAGCGGCAGCCCCAGCUGCCUGGCCGGAGCAGAGUCCCCGGGAGCUGGGGCUGCUGGAUGGAAAAGCGACCCCCCCUCCCCCGCCGCCCCACUUCCCGGGGAUCCGGGCAGACAGCGGGUGCCUGGGCUGGGGGCAGCGCGCCCUUGGGAUUCGCACCGCGGCGAGAUUGUAAGCUAUUGGGGGCAGCGACCAUCUCUCACUAUUCUUGGACAGGGUUACUGGCUUAGCAGUGACAGGCUGGGCGGAGGAGGAAAUGCUUCCUGAAUGGGGCUGAAACCGCAGCCGCUGGAAUAUGCAGCCCGGGGGCCUUCCUGGCAGUGCAAACGCAGUGGCCUGCGCCAAGGAGCCGAUCGCCACAUCGCGUGGGGGGGCCACGGCCGGGAGGCAUGGUGACAACUUUCAAGGUCGCCGUGCUUGGGGCUCAAGGGGUUGGGAAGAGCGCCAUCGUCCGCCAGUUCCUCUACAACGAGUUCAGCGAGGCGUGCGCGCCCACCAAGACACGGCGUGUCUACCUGCCGGCCGUGGUCAUGAACGGCCACGUGCACGACCUACAGAUCAUGGACUUCCCACCCAUCACAUCUUUCCCAGUUAACACGCUGCAGGAGUGGGCGGACGCGUGCUGCAGGGGGCUUCGGAGUGUCCACGCCUACAUCCUAGUCUAUGACAUCUGUUGCUUUGACAGCUUUGAGUACAUCAAAACUAUUCGACAACAGAUCCUAGAAACGAGGGUCAUUGGCACCACUGAGACCCCCAUCAUCAUUGUGGGCAACAAGCGGGAUCUGCAGAGGGGCCGGGUGAUUCCCCGCUGGAACGUCUCCAACCUGGUGAAGAAGACCUGGAAGUGCGGCUACAUCGAGUGCUCGGCCAAGUACAACUGGCACAUCCUGUUGCUCUUCAGCGAGCUGCUCAAGAGCGUGGGCUGCGCCCGCUGCAAGCACGUCCACACCGCCAUCCGCUUCCAGGGGGCACUGCGCAGGAACCGAUGCACCAUCAUGUGAAGCCCGUGCUCCCACGACUGCCCCCAGAGACCCUUUUGUAAAACGGAGGGGCGAGCACAGGAGGACGCGAGCAGCUCUCUUGACAAAGGAAGCCGUGUCAGGGAGGGUGCCCAGCUCUCCUGGAUGAAGCCUCAGAGUGAGCCACCCUCCGCCCUGCCUGUCCCCAGUGCAUGGACGGCACGGCCGAUUCAAGGAGGCGGCAUCAUGCUCCAAAGUGCAAAAGGCUGUUAGGCGCCUUCCUCUCCUCCCGCCUCUGCAUUGGAUCAUGGACUGGAUGAUGUGGUGUCCAGCGAAGAAGGGAGAGGGGCAGCUUGGAGAGAGCAGGGAUGGGUGAAGUAUCGCUGGUUACCGUGCAGUUGGGGGAGAGGGGGUCUUCUGCCAUCUCAGAGCAAGACGGUUAUUACCUGCCGCUUGGUUAUUACCUGAGGAUGACCUAGUCUGGACAAGUGGCAGAUUUGUAUGGAUAUCCAUCUGUAAUGCCAACGGCCUACCACGAGGUGUGGCAUGGCAUCCCCUGCUGCCUUGGUAACCAGAGAUGUUUUCACUGCAAACAGGGAUACAAAGACCCAGUCAGCCUUAAGUCAACAGGUCCUUCACCCUUGUGCCAGGAGAGUAGCAUGGCAUCAGGGAAGCUGAACCCUCCCUUCUUUUGCCCAUUGGAUCAGGGACAGAGCAGCCUGACAGCGAGAGGCAUGGCUGAAAUGGAUUUUUUUAUUUUUUUAUUUCAGAACAGAAUUUUCAGAUGGUUCAACACUCCCCUCCCCCGCCACACACACACAACCC